AUGAUAUAAGUGAGUUUGUAUGAUAUUGAUUUAGGCUUUUAGUUUCAUAAGCUAUACUUCUCAAUUUAAUCUAAUUCUUAAACUGUUGAAACUCAUUUAGUUUCUUAAUUACCAAUAUCAACUUUAAUUGAAGGCAGAGAAUUCAAAAUAAUAAUUAAAGAUGGUAGUAUAACAAUUGGAAGUAUAAGUUUUCCUUCUAAAUAAUUAACUAAAUAAUUAAACCUUGUGAGAUGGUAUAAUCAAAAGAUUAAAUAGGAUAACUUUAUUUGACCCUAAAGAUGAUUAAUAUGAUGGAAAUCUAAUAGAAGAUGAUUUAGAAUAACCAAGAAUAUUGCUAAGAAUUGAAACUAGUUACCAAUAUCAAUAAAAGUUGUCUAAAUAGAACUUAUUAAAUACAAAUUAGAUGAAUCUAAAAGAAAGUACUUAAUUAUAAAUUGAUAAAAAAAAACUAUAAUAAAUUAUUGAUGAUCAUAAGGAUAUGUAGAAUAAGUAUGCUUCAUUAAAAGAAGAUUUAUAAACAUAUAAAGAUAUUUCUUAGUCAGAAAUAAAAAAGUUAGAACAAGAAAGAUAAUCAUACAUACAAGAAAAUAAAGUAUUAAAAUAAUAAAUACAAAUAUUAAAAUAAAAUGAGUUACCAAUCAAUGAUUAAUAAUAAAAGAAUGGAACGAAUAAUAAUAAUAAAAAUAAAUGA